UGUGUAAGCACUAGCUUCAUCUUUGGUGUUAGCAGUGUCAGCAGCAGUGGUAGCGGCGGCAGCAGUGGCAGCAACAAUAAGCAAAGCCUCUGACAUGCAAACAUCUUCAUCUUUUCCCUCCUAGUCUAUUGCACUGCUGUGCUCUUCUCUUGCUCCGUUCCACUUUGUUUUGCUCUGCUGCAGUUGUUGUGUUGUGUUGUGUUGUGUUGUGUUGUGCGCGGGUGUCUUGCUAUCUUAUCUGGCCGAGCAAAAGUGUGAUGUGAUAUCAAAAAAAAAAAAGAAGAAGAAAAAAAAAAAAAAACAGACCAAAAGUGUGGUCCUGUUUAUAUCACUACUUUGUAAGUACAACUACCACCAACAUCAUCACAACUAUGACUACAAUUGCUACUACUACUACUACUACUACAACUACUACUACUAGCAGCAGCAGCAUCACCACCAUCACCACCACCACCGCUAUUAUCAAUACUACUAGCACAAUUACCACUACCACCUUUCAUCUCUGUCCUCCUCUCCCAGUCCUUCUAAAACAGCAUCACUAAAAGUAUUAUCACUCACCCUCCCUCUCUCGUUCUUUUUUCCCCCUUAUUUGACUCUCCUUCUAUUUCAUUUCCCAAUGCCUCUGUAACCGACUGCCACCACCACCACCACCACCACUAAAAGCAUUGCUAGGAAUACUUGCUUCUCCCACGUUUUCCUAUACUCCCUCCCAGUACUUCUACCCCUCCCACAUAUUCUCUCAAAAUCUCUCUCAUUCACUGGCUCUCCCUCUCUCCCUCUCCCUCUCUCUCUCUCUCUCUCUCCUCUCCCUCUUUCUCUCUCUCUCUUUGUCCCACUGUUGUUUCUCCAUCUCUCUCUCUCUCUGAUGACACAAUCUGGGCGGCAGCAGAUACACUCAAGUUGUAGGGCGACUGAGACGUUACGAUGCUGGCAUGGGCCAAAUACAGAUUGAACUUCGAACCAUGCCCAGUGCCUAGUAUCAAAAGGAAAGUUAUCAGAAUGAUGGACAUAGAGUCUCCCACUUAUAUGCGAAACCCUACACCCCUCCAAAGCCAACAAACACCUAGAACAAUGGUUAUAGAAGCACAGUCUCCUACUCUUCCAACCCGACCUUUGACCAUAGAGCCUCCCCGAACCCUCUCUAUGGAUUCUCCCAAUAGUAGACAGCUGACAGUUGAUCCACCACUUACUCCACAAUCUCUAACUCCUUCUGCACGGCCAGUCACUCUUGAAUCUCAGACACAGCCGAUUCUCAUGAGACCAAUGCCACUAGCACAAACACCAUCACCCCCUGCCCCCACCGGAUCUCCUGUUGUAGAGCCCCUCAAUCUACAUGACCCCAGACCCAUCACUCCAGAAGCAUCACCUCCAGAUAAUUCAUCUAGUCAAUGUGUACCUGAUGACAUAACUAUGGAUUCUCCACUUGAUUUGCCCCAGCAACUGCAGCAGCAAUCACUAUUAGGUGAGAACAAUGGCCAUAAUGGAAGUUUAACCACACCACCUGUACUUGAAAUGCCAUCUUCAGAUGUACUUUCUGAUCACCACCCCAUAGAGAAUGGUUCGUCUUCAUUGUCUGUUCCAAGUCCAAUCUCUGCUGAAGAUGACAUUGAAAUGAAGAACAGUCCCAGCGCUCUUGGCCAAUCCUCUGAUAAACAUAAAUCUCGACGAAAGCGAUCUUUGGAGGACAUCAUUAGUAAGAUUAGAGACAGUAGUUACACUGGUAAAGAGAAUGAAGACAUUUUGCACCAUGUCAAAGAAGGGCGCUUUUUCCUUGAUGAAGGAGAUGACCUGAUGCAGCAUAUCAAGGAAAACAGUAGCCUGUGCAGUGAAGAAAGCGAAGAAGAACAUGUAAGCGAUUCAUUAACGUCUGACAAAAAAAUUGUUGAGGAAGAAGACAACAAAUCACUGGCUGAUGACAGCAGACAGAUGAUUCCUAUGUCCACAUCUUUCCCAGAGAAGAAAGACCUUGACCUACAUGCCCCAUUGAACAUUCCAGAACACAAAAAAUUCACUCACAAUGCACUUGAUCUCUUGGCUUCCAACAGUGGUGAUACUGCUUUUCCACACCCUGCUUUGAUGACUUCCAAGUUGAAUGGGUGGCUUCACUCCCCUUUCAAUGGUCUUGGUCCACUUCCUUUCCCAACCCAUCCCGUAGACCAUACCUUGGCAGCUCGAUACCUCCCAGUCUUUGCUAACAAAUUCACUAGUCCGCCUGAAGGAGGAGAAAAGGACUAUCUUAAAUGUCAGUAUUGUGAAAGAACAUUCCGUCGACAAAAAAACUUGGAGAACCACGUUGAAAACACGCAUCAUGGAAAGGGACCGAACAACAAGCGUAAAUCUGGAGACUCUGUGCAAGGGGAUAUGUACUUUAAAUGCACACAUUGUCCUUACACAACCAAACAUCAGAGCAACCUUUAUGUCCAUCUGCGGAUUCACACGGGAAAAUUGCAAGCUUCUCUCCUGACCAAGAAUCUGGCUCGUCUUUCAUGUGAGCGUCCCUAUAUCUGUGGUGCUUGUGGAGUACAGUACAGCCAGAGCCAUAGCUUGAAAAGCCACAUUACUAAUAAGCAUGAGGGCAGAAUGGGUUACUACAUCAAAGAGAAACGGCACAGAGCUCACAGGGGGAUAGGUUAUAUGACUGCUUCAGUCCCGGGUACUGAUAUGCCCCUAUUCAAGAUACCACCAACUUCAGCUGUUCUCAAUGCGAGUUUAACAGCUGGCCUUGACCUAUCAAGUAAAUUUUCUGAGCCUCUUAAGGCUUCGUUUCUUGAUAAUACUCUAAACCAACUAAAAUCUAGUCCACAGCAACAUAGUAUCCUGAACGGCCACUCUUCACCCCACUGCGCUGAUCUCCUGCAGAAUCAUUGCCCACCGGGUCCUGGAUUUCCGCCAGCACACCAUCACGGGCCUCUUCAGUACCAGGCUUCAAGGGGAACUGUGAAGAUGGAACCUUUAGAUAACGGCUCCAACCAAGCCAUGGAUCUUAGCAUACGGUCUUCACGUAUUGGACAUGGUCAUGCUAAUGGCCACAACCAGCAGUGUUCUGAUGUGAAUGGUCUCGAUGACUGUAAGCAUGCUGAAAAAUUAAAAACACUUCGUGGCAAUGUAGUCCGUAUGCUGGCAAUUCUGGUUCCGAACUUGGAUUUUGAAGAGAAGGGGAUAAGUGCAGAGGGAGAUUCUGUGGACGAACUUCUCCAGGAUGUCAUUGAAAGCAACUCCCCAGAAGAAGAACUUCCAGAGUAGUUAAAAUUUACCAGAACAUAUAAUGAGGAAGUAGAGAAAAUAAAAUGAGAAAGGAACAGAGGAAAAAAAAAAA